AUGUCGGCGCGUCCUUCCCCACCACCUACGUUAACGCUGAAUUCCGGCUCACAGGACCUGCUGAAUGGCGCUCCUGCGCGACGUGCCAGUGUUGUCAGUCGAAAUCUGACCCCCCAGGCUCCCUCGCCCACGGUAUCGCGAAGUCAGAGUCCAUUCUACCAGGGUGACACUCCGAUAGAAUCCUCAGAACUAUUAAUUCCGCCGCAACGAAGGCCUGGACAGUUUACCCCAUAUCAGGAUAGUCCAACAUCGUCACGGAGAUCCAGUUGGAGUACAGAUCGAUAUGGCCCAUUCGUGUCGCCAUUUGACGAUAAUUCAGGAACCGCCUCUCCUGAUAUUGGUGAUGCGCUUAACUCGCAGACCAUCAGUGAAAAGUACAAUAUAACACCAUCAGCUGGUCUGCUGCUGUUUCCGAUAGAUAAGGAGGAUGACGAUGCUUUGCAUGAUCCCACAGAGUUGGACGAUAUGAGAGAAUGCGAUAUUUUCACAAAGCGUGGCUUAGUGAAUGUUGGAGGAUUGGGAUUGAUCGUGUUGGGCGUCCUCGUAUUAUUUAUUGGAUAUCCCGUCCUGACUUUUGUUCGCGAUGCUGUCAAGAUUACAAAGAGCCUUUGCGAAGGGCCUCUUUGCCUUGACGUUGGCCCUAUUGCGCUUCUACAGAAUGUUAGGCAUUCGUUGAUCGAUCCUGAUACUCCAGACAGCGCAUUAACAAAGACUUCGGCGGAUGGAAAAACCUUUAGACUAGUGUUUUCAGACGAAUUUAAUCAGGAUGGAAGGACGUUUUAUCCAAAUGAUGACCCAUACUGGGAAGGGGUUGACAUCCACUACGCAGCAACCCAAGAUUCGGAAUGGUAUGAUCCUGAUGCAUUGACUACAAAAGAUGGUGUUCUUGAAAUAGAGUUUGCUGCAUUCAGGAACCAUGAUUUGGACUUCAGAUCAGGAAUGCUUCAAAGUUGGAACAAGCUGUGCUUCAAGGGCGGGAUUAUCGAAGCGAGUAUCUCAUUGCCCGGUGCUGGGAACGUUUCUGGGUUGUGGCCGGGUUUUUGGACCAUGGGUAAUUUAGGUCGCCCGGGGUAUCUUUCAACCACCGAAGGCAUGUGGCCGUAUUCAUACCACGAUGAAUGUGAUGCCGGAAUCACUGCAAAUCAGUCAAGUCCCGACGGUCUCAGCUGGCUUCCCGGAAUGAAGCUUCCUGGCUGCACAUGCAGCGGGGAGGACCACCCCAAUGCAGGAAAGGCUCGAUCAUCACCCGAACUCGAUAUUCUCGAGGCUACAGUUUCAGUAAUCGAUACUGAUGGAAAUAUCGUCGGGGCUGUAUCUCAAUCUGCACAGGUCGCACCUUUCGAUAUUUGGUAUCAGCCUGAUUACGAACAGAUUGCCGUUUACAACCCGGAUAUCACGGUCAUGAACUCAUACCGAGGAGGAUACUAUCAGGAGGCUAUUUCUGGAUACUCAACUUUGAACAACGACUGGUACGACGGAAAACAAUACCAGACUUACGGAUUUGAGUAUGAACCUGGUAAUGAUGGAAAGAUUGUAUGGAAUAUUGGCGAGGUUAAGACAUGGGAAAUGUUAGCCGGGGCCACGGGCCCCAACGGAAAUAUUGGGCAAAGACCUAUCCCACAGGAACCUAUGACGAUUAUUGUAAACGUCGGUAUGAGUAGCACAUUUGCAUAUAUCAACUGGGCAGAGCUUGCGAAACUUUUGCCAGCAAAGAUGAGGAUUGAUUGGAUUCGUGUUUGGCAAGAUGAAGACUGCGAGGACUGCUCCGUUACAUGCGAUCCCCCAGGAUAUCCAACCACUCAGUACAUCGAAGACCACAUCGACGCCUAUAUGAACCCCAACUUGACGAAUUGGGCUGCUACUGGUUAUGGCUGGCCCCAAAACACGCUAGUUGAUGGCUGCAGUGCUUGA